AUGGGACGACAGAAGCAAACAGCGCCGCUUCAGCGCACCCCUUCCUCGAACCUCAUGCACCUCCCAAAUGAUUCCAACGUGUCACGGAAGUCAGGAAACACAGACAAGCCCUCUGUCACCAAUGGAAGCGUGUCCGAGAAAGCAUCGGCAGCACUGGAGACAGUGGCCGACAGCCCUGGGUUGAUGCAGCUUGUGAUCUGCGUCCUCGGAAUCUAUGCAGCCUUCCUGUCAUGGGGAGUCUUACAAGAGGCGAUCACAACAACAAGCUACCCAAUCCGCCCAGCAACAGCCACAGACCCAGAGCCCCCAACAGAACGCUUCACCUACUCGCUGGUGCUGAACACCAUCCAAUCCUCCUUCGCAGCAAUCACCGGCUUUAUAUACCUCCUGAUCUCAACACCAAAGGGCCAAAGUAUCCCGUCAAUAUUCCCUACGCGCCGAAUCCUCUUCCCCCUUCUCCUAGUCAGCAUCUCUUCCUCGCUCGCCUCGCCCUUCGGUUACGCAAGCCUCCAGCACAUCGACUACCUUACCUUCAUCCUCGCCAAAUCAUGCAAGCUCCUCCCAGUCAUGGUCCUGCACCUGACCAUCUUCCGGAAGAAAUACCCCCUGUACAAGUACGGCGUUGUCCUAAUGGUUACGCUGGGCGUUGCGACAUUCAGUCUGCAUCACCCAGGCACAAGCAAGAAAGUCGCCGCAGCCGCUGCGAAGCAAUCCGGGUCCUCGGGCUGGGGUAUCUUCCUCUUGUCCAUUAACCUCCUGCUAGAUGGUCUGACCAACACCACGCAAGACCAUGUCUUCUCCUCGCCGAAGCUGUACACGCGCUUUACUGGGCCCCAGAUGAUGGUUGCCCAGAAUGUGCUCUCAACUGUGCUGACGGCCGUGUACCUCCUGGUUAUGCCGCAUCUCUCGCAGGGUGGUAUAUUGCACAACCUGCUACCUCUACCUAUUCCUCCGUCUAAUGAGGCGGAGCUGUUUGGCGCUGUUUCUUUCCUGACCCGUCACCCCGAGGCGCUGAAACAUGUUCUCGGAUUCGCGGCGUGUGGUGCUGUUGGCCAGCUGUUUAUCUUCUAUACUUUGUCGCGGUUCUCUUCGCUUUUGCUUGUCACUGUUACUGUUACCCGUAAGAUGUUGACUAUGCUGCUUAGCGUGUUCUGGUUUGGCCAUUCUCUAUCUGGUGGUCAGUGGUUGGGCAUUGGCCUCGUCUUUGGUGGUAUUGGUGCCGAAGCUGUCGUGCAGAGAUCAGAGAAGAAGGCCAAGGAGCAAUCAAAGCUUGAGGCUGCGAAGAAGGAAUUGUAA